CGGGCUCCUCCUGGGCUGGGCAGCACACUUGGUCAGAGUCAGCAAAUCCGCCCCUAAAAAUAGGCUCUGGUUUCCAAGCUGGUAAGGUCGCCUGUGGGGCUCUGGGACAUGCAACUGGGAUACCUGCUCCCUCCGGCGCUCCUGGUGCUCACAGGUUUAUGGCUGAAGGAAGGGCUCCUUACUCAUCUAGAGCUUAACUCUUGCACCGCAAAGGACCCUAAUUUCCAGAGGCCAAGCACUCUUCCUGAGGGACUGACCUGCUAUCCCACCAGGCCUGAGAAGAGAAUCAAUAAAUCUCCAAGUCAAAAGAUGACUUCGAGGCAGUCAAAGACCAAUCUGAAAAACACCUAUGGGUCUGGCAAAGGAGAACCAGAGGAAGAUUACAUCACGCCAGGGCCCUUUGAGCUGGAGCGCCUCUUUUGGAAGGGAAGUCCCCAAUACACUCAUGUCAAUGAGGUCUGGCCCAAACUCUACAUUGGAGAUGAGGCUACAGCACUGGAUCGAUACAGUUUAGAGAAAUCUGGCUUCACCCACGUCCUAAAUGCUGCCCACGGCCGAUGGAACGUAAACACAGGUCCAGAGUACUACAGAGACAUGGCCAUUGAAUACCAUGGAGUGGAAGCCGAUGACCUCCCCACCUUCAACCUCAGCGAGUUCUUUUACUCGGCCGCCGAGUUCAUCGACUCUGCUCUCCAGAGCGAUAGGAAUAAAAUUCUAGUUCACUGUGCUAUGGGCCGUAGUCGCUCAGCUACCUUGGUCUUGGCAUACCUGAUGAUUUAUAGGAACAUGACGGUGGUGGAUGCCAUUGAACAAGUCGCCAAAAAUCGCUGCGUUCUGCCCAAUCGUGGAUUUCUCAAACAGCUCCGGGAACUGGACAAACAGCUGCUCCUUCAAAGGCGUAAUGCUCAGUCUAAUGAAGAAGAGAACUUGGAAGAGAAAGAGAUCUAAGACUCAAGGACCCCUUCACAUGCAGUUGCCCCCAAAUACUUUGAGCUGGAGAAAAACAUUUAAAAAAAAAGUCCCUUAAAAUUCUUUGGCAUGAAGAAGGAAAACAUGGAAGUUAGCCAUUAUUUCUUCAGAGUAGCUUUUAAGCAUCACAGGGAGGGCUGUGGAGCAUAUUAGGGGAUCAUCUAAAACCCAUACUCCCUCGGCUGCCCCCCUUUAGGGUUUAAUACUUUUGUUUCACAGCAAGAGGAAAAGGGGAAAAAAAGUAUUUUACAGUGGAAUUGGUUACAGAUGAGCAUGUAGAACUUCAGUGAAACCUAAGUCUGUAAUGAGGAGGUGAGAAUGCCUGGAAAACAUGUAGAAACUGUGAUCCAUCCUCUGCAAAAGGCACCUUUUUCCCAUGGACCGUUAUUUUAUGACAGAUUUUAAAGCAACCCAAGGGAAGGAUUUUGGCAAGGAGGGCUGUGUCAGAAGAGUGUAAUGUUAACUAACAACACAUCACUCCCUCUGGGUCAUAAUUUAUUUUCUUUCCAUAAUCCUUUUCAUGGUAUCAAGCACCAUCUUUUCUCACCUGGGCCACCCAGGAACUCUCCUAGGCUUACCUUGGCAUUCACCGAUGCCAGCCUUUGGAAGCAGCAUCCAACAUGCCCUUGUGGGGGAGUGCUUACUUGCAUUGGUGGAUGCAUGUACAAAAUGGGGCCGUUUCCAGAAUUGACAACCUAGCUUCCUGAUGAGUCGGAUGGACAUAACCCAGACUCACUCAAACUCUUUGAGGUUACAGAAGAACUGAGGAGUCUGAAAGGGUUGGGGCAGGGAGGGAGGGGAAAGCAAAAACAGGGACCAUCUGUCAAUUCUUUGCUUUUUUUUGAAAGCUCUUUUCUUAAACCUUUGCAUGAAGUCGUAAAAUAUUAGAGUUGGAAUGGAUCUUGAAGUACAUCUUCUUCCUCCACGGUUGAGGAAACUUGAAGUACAGAGUAUGAAGGGGUUUGCACAAGAGCUAAAUUGAUGGCAGAUCUCUCUAUCCUUUUCCCAUUUUGCCACACUCUUUCUCUUAAAAUGUGUUGUUUUAAAAUGGCAACAUUAAAAUAAGGGUCAAAAGGAGUGCUCUAGAUAAGAGUGCUGUGCCCAUAUCAAAUCUGGCCUCAAACACUAGCUUUGUGACUUGACCCCAUUUGCCUCAGUUUCCCCAUCUGAAAAAUGAGUUGGGGAAGGAAAUGGCAAACUACUCCAUUCUUUUUGCCAAGAAAGCCUCACACAGGGUCCUGAAGUCAGACACAACUGAAAAAACAAAACGAGUUCUAGUCCUGAGCUGUACUUCCCUUGAUUUUUUCUCUGAGAUAGGUCAAUUCCCAUCUUUAACUAUUCAGUCCUCUGGCAAGAAUAUCUUUUGUAGAAGUUCUCUGCCUCAACUAUGAGCUUGAGAUAAUACUUACACUGCCUAUCUCACAGGGUUGUUGUGAGGGAAAGUACUUUGAAAACCUAAAGUAAUAUAUAAAUGUGAAUUGUUACUCAUUUUACCAAUUAUGACUUGCUUGAAGGACAGGAUUGAUACCGGAGUGGUAAAACUUCAUUUUUAAUGAUGUCCUUUCUUACUGUCUAUAAGAUCACUCUCAUCUACAAUGGUUGAUGCUCCCUAUUUUACUAAGAGUUCUGGGAAAAGCUGCACUAUGGAGGAAUUCUCUAUAUUGGAAGAAAUGAGCAAAAUCUAAAUGGAUUUGAGGGAGGUCUAGACCCACCUGGAUAAAGGUUUCCCUGCCAGGCACUCAAAAAGCUUUAUCCAAUGAAGUACAACUAGAUUUAGAAUUAAAAUAUUUAGUUGCUGGUAUAUAGACUUUCACCGAGAAUUACCACCUUAAUUAAAAUUGGGAAAUGAAUUAAACUUUGGAUCUACAAAUUUAGAGAAACCAGGAAGCAGGAAGAGUUUUUGCUUUCCCAUUUGAAAACAAACUAGAACUGCAAUGAAAAAGAGCUGGCUUGUCCUUUGUAAGAAAUGAAACUACAAAUUAUAUCUUUGCUAAUUAAGCAACAAAAUCAAAAUGGCGGUGCUCAUUUUCCCCAAAAGUUAAGUGAAUGGACUAAGAAUAUUUCAAGUGCCAGUCAAUUUUCUUUCUGGAGGGAAAUGUGGGAAUAGUGACAUUGUAGCUGAAAAUAGAUACCAGCGUGUCAACCCAGGUGGAACACAAUGAGAGAUACUAUCUGGGAGGAGAAGAGAAGCAGAAGUGGGGGGAAAAACCAACCCUCCAAAAAAAAUCACUUGGAAAAACCUUGAAAUGGGGAAGAGAAUGGGACCUUUU